AUGCGGGAGAUUGCAUCGUUUGAGCUGCCAAAAUGGACUGAGGCCCAGAAACCUCAUGCCUCUCUGGUUCUCGCUGGCAGUGCCCCCCCAGCUCUGUCCAUCCAGAAUUUGGUCUCGCUAUCGACGGACAGACCGACAACCACGCAGAAUCUCUAUAUCCACACCCUUCCUCUAUCUCUGGGGACUCCUACUGGAGGCGAGUCUCUUCGACGGGCCAUCGCAGCUGUCUACGAGCAUGAAACCAUCACGUCCGACCACAUCCUGACCACAACCGGAACCACAGACGCCAACGCAAUCGUCUUUCAGACGCUCUUGCGAGCGGAAGACCAUGUCAUCGUCAUGUAUCCUUCCUAUCCACAGCUCUAUUCCCUGCCUGGCGCCAUUGUUGAUGAGGUCUCCCUCUGGAGAUUCUUCCCCUCGGAGAAAUCUGAAGAGGAGCAGAUCCGCCAGCUGGAGGAAAUGAUCCAGCCAAACACCCGAAUGAUUGUUCUGAACGACCCCAAUAACCCGAUAGGCACUGUUCUGAGUUCUGGCUUGAGGGAGAGAAUCAUUACUAUCGCCCAGGAGAAGAAGAUUAUCGUCUUUGUCGACGAAAUCUUCCGUCCGAUCUUCUAUGACAAGAACAAAAACAGCAUUGAUGAAAGGAGCGCCUGCACUAUUGCUGACAAUGUGAUCGUCACCAGCUCACUCAGCAAGGCAUGGGCAUUGCCAGGGGUGCGAGUCGGCUGGAUCGCAACUCGAAAUAGUCAUCUUCUCGGACAGUGCACCAAUCUACGCUUCUACAUGACCAAUUCUCUUGGUGCCUUUGAUGAGAUCGUCGCGACAGAGGCAUUGAGCGAGCGAAUCCGUCCUCAGAUCCUUCGCCGACAUUUGCGCUGGGCUCAGACCAGUGUCUCGCUCUUACAGGCCUUUGUCGAUGAGCAUCCAAACACCGUUUCAUGGGUUACCAGGCCUGUGGCUGGAUCAAUGGCGUUCUUGAAAUUCACGAUCACUGCUAACCAAGCGGUAGACGACGUCGACUUUUGCAUGAGACUUAAUAAACAAACGGGCGUCCUGCUUGCUCCAGGCAGUCUAUGCUUUGGUUGUCAGAAUGGCGAUUUCAAGGGAUGCGUUCGCAUUAAUCUCAUGGUGAUGCCGGACGUGAUGUCUCAAGCAUUAAUGAGGAUUCAUGGCUUCCUACUAGGAUACCUCGCUGCCUAA